CUGAAUGGACAACGCCCAUUCCUAGUCAAACAUAUCUGGUGAAGUCCUAUCCUCUGUGUAUUUUAAUAAAACACCUCUAAUAUUUCAUUUAACAUAUAUAUAUAAGCAUAUAUACAAAUGCGUAUUACUCAAAACACUCAUAGACUAUACACGUGGUGCUUCCGUUUGUUGACGUGACUUGAGAUACGUUGUUAUCGUCAAACUAUGAGAGACUUAACGUGCAGAUUUGCAGUUGAUUCCAAGCUCUUUAUCGACACCAUGUGGAAAGUGCAUGAAGAAAAAGAGUCAGAAAUUAUAUAAUAGGGGCAUAUUGAUAAAAUUGCCCAUUAUGUGGCAUUUUUAAUUAAACACUUAAGAAAUGUAGGCCUAUCACUUUAAUGAACAGGGUCCAGACAGUUUGUUCUCACUUAGUUAUAUGUAUAUAACUAUUAAAAUAUUUAUUAUAGUUAGAAAAAGCUGCUACUGAUCCAGCUGCAUGUAGCCUACUAUAUCAAUACUUGACUAUCUAUUCUGUUGUUGGUAACGAAUGUAUUUAUCAAAUAUUUGCUUUUAAUUAAAUUGUUACUAGUAAAAUUAAUUAGACUAGUUGUCACACAUUUUACUCCAGAGAACAGGGAAAGUGAACACAAUUUUGACGACCUUUUGUGACAACAUGCCCCAACAGCUGUGAAAUAGCGACCACUUGUGAUCGGAUCACCGAAAACGCAGGAAAUAGGGCCAAUGGGAACCUGCCACAACACAACUUAUAAUAGACUUUCUGCUACAUUUAUACAGUAGUACAAUAAAACGAACAUAAAUAUUUAACACAGUAAACCAUUGUUUGGUCAACACAAAACGUAAUUAAUAAUAGACUGUGAAAAAACAAAUGUGACAAACCAGUUCCCUGUGUGACAACUAUAGCCCCAUUCUCCCCUAGCAAGUAAACAUAAAAUAAACACAGUGGAAAUAGCUACUUUUUGUUAAAAAGACGUGUAAUUCACUUUAAAUAGUUACUAAACUGGGAGGGAUAAUGUCCACUGACUCGCCAUUGGUUACUCUUCUGCUCUGCAACAUACUUGGCAUAUAUUAUAUGCAUUAAAGGCAGACUUUCGGGAAGUACAACUGUCAUCUGUGGUGAACGAACGUGCAAGUUCAUUUAAGGUGCCACAACAACUGUUUGUUUCAAGGAAGAUGGAUUUUGUUUCCCAUUUACGCCGUCGGUUUUAUGAAUGAAGUUAUUGUAUAUCUGCAGGAGAAAUGGGGGAUUAUUACUACUGUGGUUGUAGCAAAAUGGACAGCAUAGCCAAAAAUAAGGAAAUCGACUGCAUCCUUGCUGAGCAGAGGAAAAGAGAAAAUAAACAACCUCUAUUGCUUUUAUUAGGCACAAAAGAAAGUGGAAAAACAACGUUUAUGAAGCAGAUGAGGAUUUUUCAUGGAAAUGGCUUCUCAGAAGACGAGAGGCGCAGCUACACUAAACUGGUUUUCCAGAAUAUCUUCCAAGCAAUGAGUGCAAUAACAGAAGCCAUGAGCACGCUAAAGAUUCCCUACUCCAACCCACAGAACGAGAUUUAUGCCCAGUGGUUCCAGGAUCAGGACAUACAUCAGAUAACUCAGCUGCAGAGAAGUUAUGUAGAGGCUAUUCGUCACCUAUGGGAAGACCAAGGCUUUAAAAUCUGCUACAAACGAUGCAGAGAGUAUCAGCUACUGGACUCCACUGGGUACUUUAUUUAUAACUUGGACCGCAUCGCAGCUGAAGACUACACCCCUACAACUCAAGAUAUUCUACGUGUCCGAUCUCCCACUAACGGCAUUACAGAGCAGUGCAUUAGUAGGGGGAGGUUAACUAUGAGGAUUGUAAAUAUCGGUGGUCAGAGGGGACAGAGAAGGAAGUGGAUCCAUUGCUUUCAGAAUGUGACAUCACUCAUAUUUUUAGCUUCCCUCAGCGAGUACGACCAACUUCUGGAGAAUAACAAGAAAAACCGUAUGGAAGAGAGCUUGUCACUGUUCUACACAACCAUACACUCACCGUUGUUUGCUAAAUCCUCCGUCAUCCUGUUCCUGAACAAAAUAGACAUCUUGGCCGAGAAGAUUCAGUUCUCGGAUUUAAAAACAUACUUUCCUGGAUUUAAAGGCAAAUGUCAGGAUGUUCAAGAUGCCAUGCAGUUCAUUGAAGAGUUAUAUAAACAGAAAGCAGGUAGCAGUGAGAACUCCAAAAACAUUUACUCUCACUUCAUCUGUGCCAUGGAGAUCAUUAACCCCCAGAUACUCUUCUUGGAUGUUGAACACACUGUUCUGUCACAAGUUUUAAAGAAGUGUAAAAUGUUAUAGUGAGCCCAGAAAUGCACCUUUAGUUAGCAUUAGACUGUACUGUUCUCAUUGCCAAUCCAUCUGCAUUCAAAGAUUACUAUUCUAUAAAACAGCUUUUGCUGGAUCAACAUGUUUUAACAUUAUUGGUGACAGGGCAUGCUUAAAAGAAAUGUAAUUAGGGGUUUCAAUACACUUAUCUUGUUAAAAAAUAAAAAGAUUUACAUGCUCACA